GGUUUCCGCAGUGCUGGCACGGGAAGGACGACACGCACGAUGUCUGCCGAGCCGCUUGUCACGCCACCCGCACUGGCGGACCGCUCCCUACCAUUCAAGCCUCGAUAUGAGCUGUCAGAUCAACAGCAGCAAACCCUGAAGGAGUUCAAGGACAGACUACAAGACCUGUUCGCCGCAGCGUCACAGGAAGGAAAUGAGCACCUACACCCGCUGCUCUCAAACGAAUGCUUGUGCCGGUACUUGCGUGCGCGCGAUUGGAAACUCAAGCCCGCAGAGAAGCUGUUGCGCGACACCGCGCACUGGCGCAAGGAAUUCGGCGUGGAGGACAUUUCCCCCGAAGACAUUUACGAGGAGGCAAAGACUGGGAAGAACUAUCUGCACGGAUUUGACCGCAGCGGUCGCCCCGUCAUUUACCAGCGGCCACGCCGCGAAAACUCAAAGAACUACGACGACCAGGUGCGAUUGAUGGCAUACAUCUUGGAGAGAGCAGGCGCCAGCAUGGACAAGACAAGGGGGGUUGAGCAACACGUGCUGUUCAUUGACUUUAAAGGCUACUCCAUCUUCAACUCCCCGCCCAUGCACGUCACCAAGACGGUGAUGUCACUGCUGAUGGAUCGGUACCCGGAGCGCCUCGGCCACGCUUUCAUGGUGGAUGCGCCACGGCUGUUCUUCAUCGCAUACGCGACGCUGAAACCUGAGUUUGAUGCGGACAAGUACUUUGCGACAGAGAAGCAGCUGCACAUGAAGUUGCGCAAUGGGCAGCAGCAACCACAGCCAGAGGAAGCGCGAAUGGGUGGAGGGUUUCAAGAGGAUGAUGAGGAUGAGGAAGCCACGCUGUCUGGUGCUCCUGAAGAUGCACAAGCACAGGUAUCUGUUGAAGCACGUGAGCAUGAAGUGCACGACGACGAUGGUGAUGACGAUGAAGAUGCGUUUCACGACUGCAACACGGGCCAAUGCCACCGGGAAGAACACCGUGAUGGCAGCGCCAAUCUCGAUGCUGAUACUGCUGUCGCUGCCGCACUCGCCGACCUCGCCUUUCACGUGCAGCGGACACACGUCUGAACCAGUGCAUGUGUGUGUGUCUCUGUGUGUCUGUGUGUGUGUGUGUGUGUGUGUGUGUGUGUGUGUGUGUGUGUGCGUGUCUGUGCAUGUCUGUGUGUCUGUACCUUUGUGCCUGUGUGUCUGUGUCUGUCUGCGUCCGUCCGUCCGACUUCCUGCGUGUGUGCUUUUUCCAAACCACACCGACACCCCCGCACACAUGUACGCAACCACGCCUUCACGCUUGAUUCACUUGAACCACCGCUGCCGUUACCCCCUGCUGACCUAAUGGACUGGACGAAUAGAGCGUUAGUUGUGUA